AUGCCUCCCAAGAAGCGCGACAGGAGUCAGAGCUCCACCCCGAUACCAUCCACAGAAGCAGCCCAGGAUGCGCUUCCAGAGAGAGAACUGGAUGCGAUGCAGCGGGUGCUGAACAAUAUCUAUGACUACCGCAGCGAGGAUGGCUUCGACCCGUCCAAGCUGUUUCAUAAGAAGGUCAACAAGCGCAUCAUUCCAGAAUACUAUGAGACGAUCAAGGAGCCCAUGGCCAUGUCCACGAUCAAGCAGAAGAUCCACACCAAAGCCUACCGCAACUUCGCAGACUACGUACGCGACUGGGCGCUCAUCAUCCACAAUGCGCAAGUCUUCAACCGGCCGGACAGUGGCGCUUUCCAGGACGCGCUGGUGAUCAAGGCGCAGGUGGAGAAGCAGCUGCAGUCGUUGGUGGACGAAGGUCUGACCACGAAGGAAGUCACUGCGUUCCCAGAUCUGGGCGAGAUUCCGACGUUUGAGGAGGUUCCUGUAGAAGAUGCAGAUGGGAAGGCGGAAGAAGAGGAGGAGUCGGAGAACGAGGAUGAAGAUGAAGAAGACGAGGAUGAACCAGACCUGGACGAUGAGGGCCGACCGACUAAGAGGAAGAAGAGGAUUGGAAGGCCACCUGGUAGUCGGACAAAGAAAGGUGAGGCGGCUGAAGCAGAUGACGAUGAUGGCAAACGCUCCAAAGGUCGCCCGCCCAAGCUCUUCACGCCUACGGAAGCUCGAAUAUUGGCCGUCCUCAAAGGCAUCCGCAAGCCUAAGAAUAAGCAGGGCGAACUCAUCAUCAGAAAUUUCGACCGUCUUCCUGAGAAGGCCACCAUGCCAGAGUACUACGCCGAGAUCAAGCAGCCCAUAGCCUUUGACCAACUCAAAAGGAAAGUGAAGCGGAAGAAGUACCCGACGCUGGAGGCGUUCAUGAGCGACGUCAACCUCAUGUUCAACAACGCCAAAGAGUACAACCAGGAUGACUCUCAGCUCUUCAAGGAUGCUGUGAUACUGCAAGUGGAAGCUGGCAAGCUGUAUGAUGCCGAGAGGGCAAAGCCGGAUGACUCUUUCGCGGAUGAGGAUGGCAAGAUACCAAUGCCAAAUGGCAUACUCCACAACGGCGAGCUCUACAAGACCGGCGACUGGAUCCACAUCCAGAACCCGAACGACCUAACGAAGCCCAUACCCGCGCAGAUCUAUAGGACUUACAAGGAUCCGAAAGGCCAAAACAUGGUGAACGUAUGCUGGUACUACCGGCCCGAGCAGACCGUACAUCGAUUCGACAAGCACUUCCUCGCAAACGAGAUCGUGAAAACUGGUCGCUAUCGAGACCAUCGCAUUGAUGAAGUCGAGAACAAGUGCUUCGUGAUGUUUUACACGAGAUACUUCAAGGGCCGGCCACGAAACCUACCUGAAGGAACUGAAAUCUACGUCUGCAGAGACAGGUACAACGAGGAACGCCAUCAGUUCAACACCAUCAAGACUUGGGCUAGCUGUCUUCCGGAUGAGGUUCGAGACAAGGACUAUGAGAUGGACCUCUUCGAUCAUGCCCGUCCGAUGAAGAAGUUCUCGACGCCACUCAAGUAUAUGCUUAAGGACGAACAGAAGGAAACCGAUGACUUCCCCAAGGUGACAUGGGGUGCCGAUGGCGCUCCUCCCAAGAUCGGCGCUGUGCACCGGCGGCCAAAGAACGAGAAGGACUCGCAUCCUCCAGAGCCUACGCCACCGCCUCAGCCGAAGGUCGAAACACCCGCACCGCGAACGAUGCAAAUGGCGCCAAACUACCAGCGCACUGUGUUGGCAGCCCCACAACAGCAAGGCCGUCCUCCAACGACAGGCGCAGGGCCCGCCUCCUAUUCCUCGCCUCACCAAUCCUCCUACGCUCAGCCCAACGCACCAAGUCCAGCGCCUCAGCGUCCACCCUCUGCGCAAGCAUCCCACUACAAUCCAGCAACACCACAAACCCAAUCUCAACCCCGCUCCGCCGCCCCUCCAAGCUCCUACCAACCCCAACCUUCCUCCGGCCUCCCACCGAACAUGGCGCAAUAUCCACCACGUCCGAAUACCUCUACCAACUACCGUGAUCCGCCGCCAAUCGAAGUCUACACCUUGCCCGACCAAGCCAACCUCAGCAUUCCGCCCGAGGUCCGCGAGCAGUACCAGCGCGAUGAGUUCGGACGUGUGCUCUUCUUCACCGCGCCACCGGUCGCUGCCUCGAAUGGUAUCAGCGGUGAUCUCGGCGGACACAGCGUGCGGUACCUGGCUGAGAAGGCGCGGCGAGCCGAGCAGCUGGCGCAAAAGCGGAAGGAGAGAGAGCUUGUGAUGCAAAGGGAAGAGAGGGUGGCUAAGAAGGCGAAGGUUGAAGCUGAGGAGCGGAAUCAGGACGAGAUGGCAGCGCUCAAGAGGCGAGCACUGGGCGUGAUGGAGGCGCAACUUGCAAGGUCGACUGAAGGCAAAGUUGGAGAGGAUGACUUGAGGCGAUUGGCGAAGGAGCAGAAAACAGCAGUGGAGCAAGCGAGGGCUAUGGAAGAGAAUGCGGCGAAGAGGGCAAGGAUGAGGGAGGUAGCGAUGGGUGCUGGGGAGGUGUUUCGGGACGACUGGGAUAGUCGUGUGGGUUGA